AAUUCCCUCGCUUUCCUCCGUUUCUCAUUAAACUUCUUUAGGUUCAGCUGAAUAAAUAUGGAGUACGGUUACUGGUUAAGCGGCGAAACGACAGCAGCAGAGGCAGAAACGACGACGUGUUUGAACAGCUGGGUGCAACAAACGGAAGAGAGUUACCAACUGCAGUUAGCAUUAGCUUUGAGAUUAUCAUCGCAAGCUGCUUUAGCGACUGAUUCCUAUUUCUUGGAUUUCAAUUCCACUUCUCAUUCUCCUCAGUCCCUUUCUCAUCGAUUUUGGGUAAAUGGGUGUCUAAGUUACUAUGACAGAAUCCCAGAUGGGUUUUAUGUAAUUCAUGGAGUGGAUCCUUAUGCUUGGACUAUAAGUACAGACCAAAAAGAGAUUGGCCUGAUCCCAUCUUUUGAAUCCUUAAAAGCUCUCAAUCCUUGCGAUGAUUUGUUUGUUACUGUAAUCUUGAUGGACAAAUUUACGGAUCCUGGUUUGAAGGAGCUAAAUAAUAGAGUUAUUAGUCUUUCUAGUAACUGGAUAACUACAAAAGAUGAGAUUGAUCAGCUUGCUAAUCUUGUCUGUAAUCGCAUGGGGGGUGUGACUGCUACUGAACAAAAUACGUUUGCUAUGUGCUGGAAGGAUUGCACUGAAGUUCUGCAAAACCGUUUAGGAUCCAUUGUCCUCCCUAUUGGAAGCUUACCUGUUGGCCUUUGUGUUCAUCGUGCCCUACUCUUUAAAGUGUUAGCAGACUCAAUUAACUUACCAUGCAGAAUUGCUAAAGGCUGUAAAUACUGUAGAAGAGACGAUGCUGCUUCUUGUAUUGUACAAGUUGGUGAUGAGAGGGAAUAUUUGGUGGAUUUGUUUGUGAAACCAGGGUCAUUAAGCCAGCCUGAUUCCUCACUCAACAGUACUUCUUCAAUCUUAGUUUCUUCUCCAUUAUCUCAUACAACUUAUAAGCCAGUCCAAACAGCUGAUGAUCUCAGGAUGUUGGCCAAACACUUCUUUGACUCGGACUCACUUAAUCUUGCAUUUGAUGAUACUACUUCAGGCAGUGCUAUUGAUCAAGAUGACAAAAUUAGUCAAACUUUCUUCAAAGACGAAAAAUAUAGUGACUCGAGUAGCUCACCUGAAGAUACAAUUCUGCCAACUCAUACUAGAGGUCGACAUCCAAUUUCUGUCUUACCCGAUGCUUCAAAUAACCAGUUCUUCUUCAAAGAAAAUCAGCCAUUUGUAAGUAAAUCAAGAAGCGAACUUCAACUUGAAGAGGAAGAUUUGGAUAUUCCAUGGAAUGAACUUAUUCUCAAGGAGAAGAUUGGAGAAGGUUCUUUUGGAACCGUCCGUAGGGCAGACUGGCGCGGUUCAGAUGUUGCUGUCAAAAUUCUUAUGGAGCAAGAUUACCAUGCAGAGCGCUUCAAUGAAUUUUUGUGUGAGGUCUCAAUCAUGAAACGUUUGCGACAUCCAAACAUUGUUCUUUUCAUGGGUGCUGUUACUCAGCCUCCGAACCUGUCCAUAGUUACAGAGUAUUUGUCAAGGGGUAGCUUACAUAGACUUUUGCAUAUGCCUGAUGCUCGACGGAUACUAGAUAAAAAUCGUCGCUUAAAUAUGGCUUAUGAUGUGGCAAAAGGUAUGAACUAUCUUCAUCAGCUUAGACCUCCCAUUGUACAUCGCGAUUUGAAGUCUCUCAAUCUCUUAGUGGACAGUCAAUAUACAGUAAAGGUUUGCGAUUUUGGUCUAUCCCGUUCAAAAGCAAGGACUUAUCUUACAUCAAAAACUGCAGCAGGAACUCCUGAGUGGAUGGCGCCGGAAGUUCUUCGUAAUGAGCCAUCCAAUGAAAAAUCUGAUGUAUAUAGCUUUGGUGUGAUUUUAUGGGAGCUAAUGACACUACAACAACCUUGGAGAAGUCUAAAUCAAGCACAGGUUGUCGCAGCUGUUGCUUUUAAGGGUGAAAGACUUGAAAUCCCGACCAGUGUAAAUCCUUCAGUAGCUUCCUUGAUCGACUUAUGCUUGACUCCCGAGCCCUCACAACGUCCAUCAUUUUCAUUUAUAAUGGGAAGUUUACAGAGCAUUAUCAACAACUUAGCGUCUCAACCAAUUGAUGUACCAAGACAUGAUAAUUCUGUAUGAGGGGGAAACUCCGGUAAAUUAUGUAUAUCUCAGCCAUGUUCAGUCCAUCUGAAGCUCGUCUGGUUUAUCUUUCAGGUGCGCUAUCAUUGUCUAAUUAGGCUAUAAAAUAUAUAGAUUUUGUUGGCAUAUCCAUGGCUUACAUAUUGUGUGUUAUUAUCUUUUCCUAUUUCCGAGUUUCUUGCAUGUGAUCCUCCAGUAUCUAACUGUCCUCAUGUUUUGGUCCAUGUUAUUCUGACAAUAAUAGCUCAGAAUCCAUUAUUGUAAGAACCUGUCCACCGGUUAGUGGCAGAAUUUUUUUUCA